AUGUUGACCACCAAUAAAUUAAUGGUCUGGUAUCCUUCCACUUUCGAUUACUACGAAGUGAUCGACGGCCCAAGUCCGGGUUCGGCACAUUUAGUUGGAUGCGCGUUUCGGCUGGGUGACAGAGGUCAGGCGUUGUUUGGGGGCCGCCUGCUGCAGUGGGCGCGAAACCCGGAUCUCGGCUGCCCCGCUUCCCCUUCACUCGUGCGUGGAGGUGUGCGUAUGCGCAGCGUACGAUCGCUCCUCGAGCUAGUCUCGCCGCGAUAG